GAAGAAGAAGAAGGAGAAGAAGAAGAAGGAGAAGGAGAAGGAGAGCGCAGCGAUUGGUCGUUGCGUCCCCGCGUGCAGGUGUGCUGCUGAGCGAUUGGCGCGCAUGCUGGAGCGCGCUCCCAAAGCUCCCCUUCUGUGGUCAGUGUUGUGUGCCGACUGAAGCCUGUUUAAAUGUUUUAACUCACUCCUUCCACCGAGGCCCGCAGGAGGAACCACAGAGCACGGCCCCACAACUCUCCCCUACAGAUGACCCGAGUCUGAAGCAUGAUGAAGCACACACGCAGCUGGUGCCAGGCUACUGGAGUGAGACCCAGCAGCUCACACUCCCUCCAAGUCAGGAGAGGUCUCCGGCUCAAACGAGCCAACGGACAGGACGCCCAGGGCCCGCCGGGGAAGAGCCAGCCGGGCCAGUGUUGGGACGAGAUGUACCGUCCCAGCAUGACCAUGCCCCCAACCAUCGUCAUCCAGCGGCAGGAAAUGGCAUCGUUCUUCAGACUUUUCGAUGAUGACCUGAUCCACGACUUCCUGUGGAUGGACUGUUGCUGUAAAAUGACUGACAAGUACCUCCUGGCCAUGACCUUUGUGUACUUCAAAAGGGCCCGCUUCACCAUCGCUGAAUACACCAGGAAGAAUUUUUUCAUUGCACUGUAUCUUGCCAACACCAUGGAGGAGGACGAGGAGGAGAGCAAGUAUGAGAUUUUUCCAUGGGCGCUCGGCAAGAGCUGGAGGAGGCAGUUUCCUCGCUUCCUCAAGCAGCGAGACAAGCUGUGGGCUCGUGUUGAGUACAGAGCUGCUGUCAGCAGGCGCUGCUGUGAAGAGGUGAUGGCCAUUGUGUCCUCCCACUUUGUGUGGCAGCGAGAUCGGUCGGAGCACCACAGCGGCGCCCAGCGGCAGUACGGGGAGCGGGCGCGCACUCGCGUCCCUCGAGGGCCCUUGGCCUCCCCAGUCCCCUGUCCCCUCUGUAAACGUGGCUCUGCUUCCGAUCGGGGCCCGGGCUCAUCUUCUCCCUCAGGAGGCUCUCCAGUGCGGACCCCUAGACCCGCCUUUUCCCACCCGUUCACCUCAGCGCUGAGCUUGGAGGUCACACCACCCAGGGCCGUGGCCACUCGCAGGAAAGCGGUGGAGACUAAAAUCCAUACGCAGCACUCCUUCUGCUGCUGUGCUGAGGAGGUUCCCAGGGAUGAGUCCUCCUGUGGGUCCCCAUACGACCCCUCCCUCGACUGGAUCAGUGAGGAGUAAGAGCGCCAUGACACCAUCCGACAGAGCGAGCUGUUCUGCGUCUCUCCUCUUUCGUGCCACUCUUACUCUGAAGUAAAGGUCCGAAACUUUGCUCGUUUGUUGUUUACCUCUUUUAUAAAUCCCGACGUGGAUCGGACUCAACAGAACUGCACCAAACAAAGUUAAGUAAAAGUCAGCGUCUGUGAGAAGCAGCUUGUGUCUUUCCGUACACAUCAUACUCGAGGAUUGUUGUUUAACCUGCACUGAGUUCUUGGUAUUUAUUUAUUUAUAUAUUUAUUUAUGUACUAAAGCACUACUGGGAAUUUUUUUUUCACUACUUAUUUAUUAAAAAGUGACAAUUUGUGUUAUUGCCGAUGUGCCUGUUCAAUGAUUCAACACUGCC